UCACCCCUUCUUUGGUUUUUGUGUUUCUGUCUCAACUCAGGAGUUUCUCUUCUCACACACACUCUUUCACUCACUCUCAAAUCACUCUCUCUCUUUUUCUUGCGGUGUUUUCUUUCCAAGUUAAGCACUUUAUUACACUUUCAGUCCCUACCAUGUCAUUCCCUUCUACCCUUUUUCGUUUUCCAUUGUUUCUGUCUCUCUGAAGUGCAAAAACAUGUUACUCAGAACUUGCACCGUACCAACUCCAACCUCAUGGCUGCACCAUUCCAAGGACUCUUCAUCUGAGAGACAUAACGCUGAGAAGAAAAUUUGCAUGUCACGAGAGUGGAAGAACCAAAGCAUGAAGAUGAAACAAAGUGGAGAAGUGGGAGAAGAAGAAAAGCAGAAAUUUUUGAAGAAGAGAGGAACACCAGUUUCGGUUCGGGAACUGUUUUCGGGUUCUGGUUUGGAUGAGCAUGAAGAGGGUGGUUUGGGGUUGCAGACGUCGGUGAUGGGCGGUGGGAUGGGGAGUGGCGGUGGCAGGAUCUGCGGUGGUUUUAAUGGAAGUGGAAGAGGCUCACAUGGUAGGGAUUGGACAGAUGCUUAUUAUCAGAACAUGAUUGAAGCAAACCCCAAUAAUGCUCUUUUGCUUGGAAAUUAUGCUAAGUUUUUGAAGGAGGUUCGUGGAGAUUAUCUUAAAGCAGGGGAAUAUCUUGAAAGAGCCAUUUUGGUUAAUCCUGGUGAUGCUAAUGUUUUGUCCCUCUAUGCUGAUUUGAUAUGGCAAACAGAGAAGAAUGCUGAUCGAGCUGAGGGCUAUUUUGAUCAAGCUGUUAAAAGUGCACCAGAUGAUUGCUAUGUUCUGGCUUCUUAUGCAAAAUUUCUCUGGGAUGUUGAAGAAGAUGAAGAAGAAGACAAAGAAUGUGAACAAAAGACUGAUCUGGGCCAUGCAUAUCCACUUGAUCUGUUUAAAGAAACCAAAGAUAGCCCUCAUGGUAGUCAAGUUUUUCAAUCCUAAAUCUCUGAGUGAACUUGGAUAAUCUUAAAAGACUAAUGAACUAUUAGAGUCUCAAACAAUAAUGUGUUCCCUUUUUUCAUCUCUUAUAAGUGACUAUUAUGUAACAUAUAUAUCGGUUUAGUAGAGUAGAGUUGACUAUGUAGCUGUUAAUAGCUUAUGCUACAAAUAAGAGAAACCAAACCUGAAAUCUGUCUUCUGUUGUAUACUAGGGAGGCUUCCACUGCUGUAUCUUGAGAAUAUGAAAUUUUGGUUGAAAAUGAAGAAAAGAGAACAACCCUUUUACGGUUUCACCAUGUUCUUUAAUUGCUUAUCUUGAACUAGAGUUGUUAAAAACAGUGAUCACAAUGCAAUGAGAUUAUGGGUU